AUGGCCGGCAUUGUUUCACCUCGUGCCAUUGCAGGAACACAGGGCAGCGCGCUCUCCGAGCAGCAAACAGUUGCGCAAGACAAACGGGUUUUCUUCCAGAUGGAACAACUUCAGCAAGCGGAGGGUAGAGGGGCUCUGCUUGUCCGUGGCGCUGUCCAGGCCGCAGCAGGGGAUUCCACAGGCGAUCUCGCCGAAUGCCUUCGGUGGGCAGGUCAGGCUCUCUGUCAGCCGCCUGAGGCGCGCGAAUCCAUUGCGUUUCAAUUGGGGAUGACCGGCGCACUCGUCAAAGGCGUUCCGACUCUGCAUUCGCAGCAGCCGCUACCAGACGGUUCGUACGAGAUUCUCCCGUCUCGGGGGACAGAGGAAGCCAGAGAAGAUCCGGAGGGGAACGUGGUUAUAUCCAGCCGACGCAGCAGUUUUCUGAGUGCGUAUAGUCAACUGAGCCGACGCAGUGCCGUCAGUGAAGUCCCUACAGUCGACGAGGCCGCAACCGCAAGCUCACACACGCGGUCCUCCUUACUGAGUGAUCGGGUUACGCUCACGGUUGGCAGCGGCGAGGAAGGGCUGCGCACGGGACUGACCUGGGACGGCCUUCGCGGUAGAGGGUCUAGAACAACAGAAAAUGAAGUCGAUGUGUCUGUAGGAGGAACGCAGAACGGAAAUUUUGAGACGGAGGCGGAACGUGGCGAGCAUCCGGGCCGAUUGAAGGGAAUCGCAGAUUUUAGACAACUGCAAGACACGCGAGAGCCGACCUGGGGACUACUCACAGCAAGCGAGGCUCUAAGUGAACGCCAGGCUGGCGGAAGGAGUCCACGGGGCCCUCUGCAUCGCCCGACCGUAUCCGAGCUACAGUCGACCCUCCAGUCUGUCAGGCGACAGGUGUCCGACGUGCGUCGCAGACGACCGCUGCUCCAAGCACACGUUCAACGACUGCGCCGGAACGUCAUUUGUCUCCUGAACGACUGCGUGCGAAGGAGAGUGGGCGACGGAGAAGGGCCCCCAGCCUUCACGCAUGUGCAAGGAAAAGCAGUUCUGUGGGAGGUCGAUCACUGCGGCGAAAGCCAUUUCUUCGAGGGAAAGGGCGUGGCCAGUGUGCCUCUCCAAGUCCUCCUCCGCGUCGCCAAAGCCGUCGCUCAAGAAACCCAACACGCGGCAGACAGCAGCCGCAGUUGCGGCGAUGAGGCCUCUGAAGAGUUCGACCCUUUGGCGAAGUUGGGACGCCCGCAUUCGUCUUUCGCGGCGCCGUCCGGUCUCCGGAUUCCCCACCACAGGCAUCCGCUCGUCGACGCCCCCUUCCGGGUGUCUGGUGCGGGGCCCUCUGCGUUCAGUGAUGUCUCGGCAGAACUGCGCAUUACGAAGGAAGCGCUUUAUCAGAUGCGUGCACUGCGCUGUCAAGAGCUCCUCGGCUUGUUUGCCUUUCAGCGGUCCGAGCGCGCGGGCAACUCAGCCUGCAAGGCGUGCGGACCCGAAGCCGUGACGGGUGGUGCAUCUCCAGUUGCAAGACUCGACAAAACAGAAAAAGGCGCUUCCCCAUUGGGCACUCGUGUGUCGCCGGGUGACUUGCCCAGAGGCGAGAACGAGGAAAACGAGGAAGAUCAAAAGAAAGGGACUUGGACUCAGGUUUCGUCCUUGGAUGGAGGUCUGUGGAAGCCAGAACCGUUCUUCUCAUCUCGAAAAGAGGCGCUGCUUGACCUGCAGGCUGCGCUCAAUCUCUUGGCUUACAUUGUCGCUGCGUUAGCCUCUUACCUCGACGUCCUCUUGCCUUUUCCCGUCUACCUCCUGCCUUCUUCGUCUCCAAGUGAACAACAGAAGAGGAAAUCCCGCCUCCGGCGAGGUUCGUCUUCAAAUCACCUGCAGCAUUCUUCUCGGGCCAGUCUCGCCUGUCGAAGCGGGGCCUCGCGGAGACCAAGUGUCCAACUGGGAACUGGCAUCACGGGAUUGGAAGGAGUCAAGCGGAGCUCCGCUGAUUUUCCUGCGACGUCAGCAGCCCCUCCGUCAUCCUGCAGCCCACUGGGAUCGCCAGACGGGGGAGACCCCGCCGCCGCUCCAGAGAUGGCUCUGAGGGCCGAGACAGGCGACAGCGGAAGAAACGCGCAGAUACCGGGCCCUCGACCGAACGACGACGCGCUUGGGCGAUCGCGGACAGAACUGGGGGAGCGGCAAGUGCAUGAGCAGGAUCGAAACAAAGGCCGUACAGACACUGGCACGAAGCAAAGGCCGCCAAACACGUGGCCGCGGCAGACACUUCCAGGUCAGAGUGAUACGCAAGAGGGAUCCGUCCUUCUCGGAGCCCCUUCUUUUUCUGCUGGCCCGGACGGUUCGUCUUGGCUGUCGCCCUCGUCUUCGGCCGCAGCUCUGUCUCUGAGUGUUUUGGGACGGGGACGCACGCCUCAACAAUCGACUGCUCCAUCUCCGGAUGCAGGCAGCGCGCGACCUCUGCAACGCGGUGGGACAGUCGCCCAUCUGGCAGCGGCGCGAGUCGGGGGGAGCGAACGACGUGGGUCCGACGGAGGCACUUUGCCUUUGGCGAACGGCAAAGACAAACCCUGUGAACGUGCAGCGGCGCCGACACGGUUGGAGGCGGACUGCGCAGGAAGAACUGAUCAGAACGGAACCGAGGCGCGGGCAUCGCUGGCUGAGACAGGGACACCAACUGGUCAACACACGCACUCCAGCUCACCUGUUCCGUCGUCUCUCUCUCCCGGUGCUUCCGGAUCUUGCACUCCUUCCGAUUCGUCGUGCUGUUCCCCGCCUUGUCCUCCGCCUUCUUCCUUGCAACAAGCAGCGACGCUCGUCCCCGCUCGAAACGCACGCCGUGUAGCCCCCCGUUCCUCACCUACGGAUAGCUGGGUGUCAAGAGAGGAGGCCCUUGCUCCUUCGCGCUUCUCUUCUUCCGUUCCCGACACAUCGACGGUUCAGGUGCGUGACGGGCAAAGCCUUGGGGCUUUAUUGGAAAACCGUGCCUCGCAUCCCGGAGACGGUUGUCUCCUCGUGAACGCCCCUCCCUCGGAUUUCCAUCUUUCCGCGCCUUUUCCCGGGAGCCUGGCUCCGGGAAGGCACCCUCUGUCGCUAUCCUCGUCAUCCUCGCAUCCGGAGGAAGGGACUGACGAGAGCCGAGGGAGCUCAGGCAGUCGCUGGUCUGUAGUGGACAGUCUCUUCCCUCCUGCAGCCGAGCUCUUGCGGGGGUCAGCCGCUCGAAGUGGUUUCUCACGGCGCUUGCCACAGCGGCCCCACCAUGGAGGAGACAGCCCAGUUUUCAGCGGUCGCAGCUUGGCUCGGCUUCUCGCAGAGCGCCUCCCUGCUGUCCUCCAUUCUGUUGGGCCCGCAGCCGCGCGCUUCUCGCCUCGGCUCCUCGGCUGCGGCGUGUGUGGAGAACCCACUGUGCCCGUGGCGACACGUGCGGAAGAGAGACGGGCGAUAGACCAGAGAACAGCGGGGAACAGAGUCGAUGUCAGUUGGAAAGAAGACCAGCUGAUGGAAAGAGACUGCGAAGGAGGCGGCGCCACGAGCGAGAGAGACGACACUCCGGCGUUUGGCGCACCACGCUUCUCUGCUGUCGGUAGGGACGAAGGAGCCUCUGGGGCCGUGACUCCAGAACUCGGGAAGGUGCCAGAUAGGGGGGGUCCUCACCGGGAGUCGAGCCCUGGAGACUGCAGGCUCGAGCCCAUUUCUUCGUUCUCUCCUUCUGCGCCCAAUACUUCAGGCGAAGGGGAAGAUUCCCCGAGAUCCGCCCGGCGACUCGACGGGCGAUCCGCAGGGAUGGCGGCUCCGCGAACAAGUCGAGAGGACCGGUGGGGCAGAGAAGGGAGUACGCAAGUGUUCGAGGUGACCGGAAACAAAACCCUUUUUAUGUCGAGAAAGGUGGGAGCGGUCUUCUCCCGGUUGUCCACGUCUCCAGCAGCGACUGCCGGCCAAGAUGCCUCGACCGGCCAACCCAGAGGAAGACCCGCGCUGCCGUUGUUCUCGUGGAGUGGCGCCACGAUGGCGGCAGCUGCGGCAGCGGCUCGGGACCGACAAGUUGCCCAGGCGUCGCGGAGAAAGGCGGCGUUCCGUGGGGGGAGUAGGAGACUCGACGUCGGUUUCGGGGAGGGGCGGGUCUCUCAGUCACUGAGAGAAGAGGCGGACGGAGAGGACGGGAAUGCACCGAGACACCGGGGAACGGGGACGCGACGAGGGGGAGACGUUCUGGUGUGGCGCCAGAUUCUCAAUGGCGACAACGCGACGCGGGAGGUCUUGGGCGCUUCUGGGGUUUUCUCCCCAACAUCGACGCCGUCUUCCUCCCCGUCCCCCUGUUCGUCUCUUCUCGCCGUGGAGCAGACCAAGACUCCGGCCACGCACAGCUGCGGGGGGCUGGCUGGCAGCCUGAAGCGCGUGCCCAGCGACGAAGCCUCGUCGAAGGACACAUACAAGGCGCCUGGAAGCAGCGCUGAUGCGCACGGGCGGCGAGAGCGAGGGCAACAAACAGCGGAAGGGCUCGGCGACCGCAACGGCGUGGCUAGGCUGUCUGCUUGUGGAUGGCGCCCCGUCCAAUGGAAUGCGCCAGGGUCUUCUCGGAGCAACGACAGCGGCGACUCUUCCGCCGCCGUAGAGACAGCGACACCGAUGGCGACGAAGCCUGCGAAGCUAGACGAGACCGGCGAAAAGGAGAGUCAGAGGGACAGGUUUCCCGCCUCAGCCCAGGCGUCCACGCCCUCCCAGGGCCUGUCUCCUUUUUCUCAUCACCCGCAUACAGAGAGGGAGGCCCAGCGAGUGCAAAGCUUGGACGCCAGUGCCUCCAGGCGGCCUCCAGAGGAGCCGAACGAGACGAGCAGUGCAGAGAAGCUCGCAAGAGACACGCAGGCGCGUAUGGAGAUGGAAACUUGUCGAAGAAUGCGCGGAGGAAUGGAGGCGGAGAUGCUCGAGUCUCCGUCAGGAGGGUACGGCCGCUUCACUUUGGGCCAGGAGGAAAGCGGCGUGGAAACGAGUGGUUGCGGAAGAAAAGCAUCGCUCGAGGAAGCGAGUGGGAAAGACGCAACGCGAGUUUCCGGAAAGAAACAUACCAGUGGUGCCCAGGAGUUUGCAGCUUCGUGGCGAAUGGAACAUUGUGAAGACGACGGCGAUGAGACCGAAGACGAAGGGGGAUGCGCAGAGGCCGCCAACGUCGACUUCCGCAUCGCGCGAGCAAUCAUUGUCCACAGAGGCACUGGAGAAGCAUUCCGCUUGAGUGCGGUUGAUGGCGACGUCAAGCUCGAGAGGCUGCAGACGACCCUGCAGCUGCUCAACUGGGAUCUCCUCGCGCUUCACUUGGGCAAGGAAGGCGUCUUGCCUCCUGCGGCCAUCUGGCGCGACACACUGGCGCUCCUCGCCGCGUUGAUGAAUUCCGAGGCGUUUUCAGCGUGUGGCCCGUUCCUCUCGUCCUUCGGAAGCGCAGACCUCCGGCCGCACGCAGGGCCCGAAAGUGCCCGCAGAGCGCCGCGGUCCUCGCGUUGGUUGCGCGGAGCCGCGCCGUCGCGGGCGCCUGGCGGCGGAGCUGGCUGGAGCCGUCUCUCCGCCACGAUGCAGUCGUUCCCUCCUCUCCUGCUCCUUGGCGCAGCGAUGUGGGGUCGAGCCUCUCCAACGGGGCCGGUCUCCAGACAGAACGCCCGAACGCCCGAGCUUUCUUCUGAGCAGCCGACAGCGCAAAGAGGCUCGAUCGUCCUCCUCGAGCGCAGCGGAGCCGCAGGCGGAAAUCGACAUGCAGGCGAGCGUGAUGACGGACGCGUCGCGAGGGGUGACGAACAACACGCCGCGAGUGGCGAAAUGCUUGCAGGUCUUCCCUCAGUCUGUUCGUUGCUCGAUGAGCCUGAAGAGGACGGGUGGAUGCUCAUUGACCCUGGACCUGCGGACUUGGAAGGCGGCCGCGGCGCUUCGGCUCUGGGAACUGUUCCGUCUCGCGUUUCCGGAUCUUCCGUGGCGGCCCAGAGAGGAGGGGAAACCGUUCAGGAGGCCUCAGGGAACGACGAAGUGUCUUCUGCGGAGCAUCGAGAGUCGCCGAGAACUCCAGUUCCACGAGACUCGGAACACGGAAACGCGCCCUCGAGGGAGGGCGAGGAAAGUGCUUCUCGGGAGGAGCAGCAGGCUUUUGCGGGGGAGACACCCGGGGGAACUCUUGAACUUUGCCACGGCGCCAGGUCUCCGACUUCGACAAACGUCUCGCAGGAGUUGCUCGUCAGCCAGUUGGCGGUGCGAUCGACAGAGCGGACGGAGACGGCUAGGGUGGUUGACAGGCACUUGCGUCUCCAACGAGUUGAAACGGCGCUUCCAGAGGGGUUUGAGCCGGCGGCAGAUGCCCGUGGGCAACGAAAGGAAAGAGUGCGGAGCCAUGCGUUCUUUCUUCGGAAAGAUCCGGAGACUGUUGAUCUGGUCUGGCCACCUUCUUUGUGCGAUGGAGGCCGCCGAGGCCGUCUCCAGCCAGUUGUCGAAUGCGAGUUUCUUCCUGCCCUUGCCGACGAUGAUGAAGAGAGGGAAGACGAAGAAGAAAACGAAGAAGAGGCCCGAAAGACAGAAUGCUUCGCGCCUCACAGGCAGUUCCUUCAGGUCGUUUAUGCGGCGGAGGGACGCAGCAGGCCAGGGUCUCCGCUCGCAUGCUCAGCGACGCCACAGCCAGCACACCAGACCUCCGUCGACGGGGCACUGCCAGGCGAGCAUUCCUCCCCGCGGGAGACUUCCUUCUUGCGGGGGGAAACUCCGAGAGUGCGUCGCGCCUUACAGGCUAGGGAUUUUGCUGCUGGAUCGCAGGCCGUUCACGGAGCUCGAAGAGGGGGUAGCGCUGAGACACCUGCGUUUUUGUCUGCGCGUGAAGACGAGACUCUUUUCCCGGCCGCUCCGUCUUCUUUUUCGAAGGUAACGUGUCCUGGUGUUUCAUUCUCGCUGAGCCCGUGCACGAAACGAGCAGAAGGCGCGCUGGAAAUACCAACCGACCACGGAGAAGACUGA